CGUUUACAGCGUCGAGUCGAAGCUGCGUUUGUGCGUUUCCGACAGCCAAUCGGUCUCUUUUUCGUCAUUGGUCUCCGAGUAGACACACUUGCACGAAAUGGCGUCCCACAAAACGUUUCGCAUCAAGCAAAAGCUUGCCAAGAAGCUGAAGCAAAACCGACCCAUUCCGCAAUGGAUCCGUAUGCGCACGGGUAACACCAUCCGGUACAACGCCAAGCGCCGUCACUGGAGACGUACCAAGCUGAAGUUGUAAGCGCGGGGGCACCCUCUCGUUUGCGUAUUGUUUACCAUCGAAUUCGGGCGCGCGCAGGAACGGUGGAAAUGAAAGGCAAAAUUGUCCUUUCCAUCCAUCCGCGACUGUUUGUGACGAGUUUGGUGCAUUUUCAAUAUUACUACCGCAAUGUUUGUGCACCAACAUGUUGAAUAAAUAGGCAUCAGCUGGCGCCAAACAUCCCCCAAACAA